AUGCUGAUCAGCCCUGACCAAAUAUCGCAGCUCCCAUAUCGUGUCCGUUGGCAGGACCUAAAAGAUCUUUUUCGUCGUGCAGGCACUGUCUUGCGUGCUGAUGUGUCGCUAGGGCCUGACAAUCGCUCACGAGGCUAUGGUACUGUCCUUUUGGCCACCGCGGAGGAUGCGGGAAGGGCAAUUGACAUGUUAAAUGGAUAUUGCUGGCAGACAAGAGUCCUGGAGGUGCGCCCCGACAGGCUUGGCGCAAGUGUUGAUGAAAUGGGUAGCAGCCUCGCAAUCAGAGGCACAAACGGGCACCCAUCAGGGUUCCCGCCUUCAGGCAAUCCAUAUGAUGAAAUCACAUCUGGACAGGAUGUGGUAGGUAGCACUGGAAUGAAAACCCUCUUUGUGGGUAAUCUUCCCUUCCAUAUCCAAUGGCAGGAUUUGAAGGACCUAUUUCGUGCUGCUGGUGCUGUUGCUCGAGCUGAUGUUACUGUUGGGCCUGAUGGGCGCUCCCGCGGGUUCGGAACAGUCAGCUUUGUCACGGAAGAUGGUGCUGAGCGAGCGUGUAGGAUGUUUGAUGGGUAUGAAUUUAAUGGACGACCAUUGAAGGUCCACUAUGAUAAA